AUGAUGAGAUUCCCAAUCAUAGUACUAGCUUUCCUUUUGAUUAUUCAAGCCCUAGAAGACGAACACAUCCUAGUCUAUGCUCAUGAAGGUGGAGAUGCUGGUCACAAGAGUCUUGACUAUGGAGAUCAAGAUACGUCGACACUGCAUCCAAAAGAAUUAUACGACCUAAACAACAUUGGUGCACCGAGGAAACUAAGGUCCAGUAGAACAAGGAGAGCCAAGAAGCAAGUGAUGCCGACAAACAGUGAUAACUGGAGUUUCAAGAUUUCAGGAGCAUCAAAACAUUUGAUGGUGGAGCGUAAUUUAGGAUUUCAUAAACGAAGUAAGAGUUCUUCAUUUAAAUGGAAACCGAAGAAGAAAAAAUCUUCUGGUCGAUUUGUAGCUUUCUAUGAUGAUUAUCGUGGACCAGCACGUCAUCCUCCUAGACAUAACUAA